CACGCGGAAACUGCACGAAGAUUUGCGCAUUCACGUGCUGGAGCAAAUCAAGGAGAUCGAGGGACUGCGCGAACACGCGGAAAAUAGCCGAAAGGCUAUCCAGCUGCUUGAGACCCGACUUCAAGAAGAAACUGCCAAGCAUUCCUCGCUUGAUGAACUAUCCGCCAAGGUCAAGGUGCUUGAGGCGGAGAACGAGUCCCUCCAAAACUUCAUGAAAGAAUCUUCAAGCAAAGAGACUGAGGCGAGGAAGGAGCUCUCCGAGAAGCAUGCCCGUGAGAAGGCGGAACUGAUCGACAAGCUGGAGAAAAGCCAAGGCCGCGUGAUCUCCAUAAUUGCCAAGAACAAAGCCCUAGAAGCGGAGGCGGAAGCCAUUGACAAGCUUAUCUUUCCAAGCCUCGGCUUUGAGUGGACAAAGGACUCAAACCUGACGAGGACGGAGGCGUACGAUGAAGCGCGGAUCUCAAUUGAUGCGCUGUUUGGAGCCUGUCGCGGAAUCGCCACGGCUCUGUCGCUGAAGAAGGCCAAAACCACAGUCAUCGACACGAUGACCAAACUCAUGCGACAGGUGCCGGAGUUCAUCAAGGACUGGCAGAAGUCUUCAGCACGCGGAGCCGCCUCCUUAGUCUUGGCCACCUGCAAGGCUUUCUUCCCCUCACUCAACCUGGCGCAAGUUGCACGCGGAGCCCCCGAGAGUUCCGACAUGAGCGCCCUCCUCGCGGAAACUGAAGGCUAUGAAGAGCUGUUUGUCAGGCGAGUGGAUCACUCGUUCUGGUACAAGCAGCACAAUCUGCCCGAAGGUUUUUCCGAUGCAGAGGAGGAAGCAGGCGAGCCAGAGUAUUAUGGGGAAGGAUCCGGGUCCAGCAGCGAGCACUCCGGAGAAAACUCUGGAGACGACUCUGAAGCCGGAUCUGGCGGCAGCGACGACGGCUCCAGCUACCAGCAAUCUGAAGAGGAGGACUCCGAGUAGAGUUCCUGUUUGAAACAAUGAAACAAGUUGCAUCAUUUUGGCCCCAGCGAGGGUUUGUAAUAAGACUUUAAAUUCUUAAGUAGCUAGGAACGAAACGAUUAUGCAUGGGGCGGAAACACUUAUCCUGCUAUCCGUUAAGUAUUAUGUGCAUGUUUCGUUUUAUGUCGGAAAGCAAGU